CCUUCGAUACACACAAACAAUAUGGCCGAUCAGUUAUGGAAUGAAAGGAGCUCAUUUUGGAAAAAGCUGUAUCAAGGACCAGGAAAUAAUAAACAAAGGCGGAGUAGUAUUCCAACGUCACAUUCAGUGCCAACAGCUUUAAAUGUCACUGAAAAAAUAGGACGAAGGCCACCAGUACAGUUCCAAAGCAAGUAUCCAUCUUUGCCUGACAUAUCACCUAGACACAUGGAUGGCCAACUGGUUCCUGUUUUUAAAAGAAAAGCUAGUCCAAUAAUAAGAAAUAAUUCAGACAUGGAACCAGAAGAAAGAAUUAGACAGUUAGAAAUGCGAGUUGCAGUGUCAGAAAAAUCAAAUCGUGCUUUGUUAGAAGAGGUGCUAAGACUUCAAGGUGACCUUAAAGGGACGACCCGACAUAAUGACGAUAUGCUACGUGAAGAACAAAGUGCAAGACGAAACAUUGAAAAUGCUAUCACUGUCAGUAAUGAACUUAUUCAACAUCUAGGUUCUAGAAUAAAAGAAGCUGAACACAAACUUGAUGAUGAACGGUUGGCAUUAAGUUCACUUGUUAAUCAUACGAAAGGCGUUGAACAGGCUGUUAAAAGUAGUCAGCAAGAACUGGUCACCAAAAAAGAUGUUCAAUCGUCAAGAUUACAGGAUGUGCGGACAGAUUUAGAUGAAGUAUUGCAAUCAAAAGCACAAUUAGAACGGGUAACAAUACAAAUGGCAGACGACAUCAGAAAUUUAAAAAUGAGAGUGGAGCAGCAUACUAACACCUUUGCUACAGUAUCAACAGACCUCAAAAAUAAGUCAAAGAAAUUAGAAGACGACAAUAGAUUGCAGCUUGACAAUUUACGUAAACAGUCAACUGUACAAAGUCAAACAGAACAUCAGACAACCCAACUACGAGGACAGGUAGAAACUAGAUUGUCAGAGCUAAGAGAGGUGCUAGUUGAUCUUAGAGCAAAACAUGACAUUGAAAUUACUGAGAGGAGAAAUUUGGAAACCACACUAUCUCAAAGAGUACAUGAGCUACAGCAGCAAUUAAAUGAUGCCAGUAGAAAAAGAGAGGAAAGCAUGCACACAGUAGACAUGUUAUUACGAGAAAAAGAGCAUUUAUCUGCUGCUGAAAGAAUGACCUUGACCUCAAAAGUAGCAGACACUGUGGAAGAUGUUAAUAAAAAACUUUUAUCUAAAGAAAUCAAAAUGAGAGAAGAAAUGCAAGACAGAUAUUUAAAUUUAGAAAGAUUAAUACAACAAGAACAGAUACAAAGAAGAGAGUAUGAAAGAUCAACAAGAGAAGAGACUGACAGAAAAUGGCAAGCCAUAAAACAUGCACAUGAUGACCUCAAUAUUGACUUAAAAGAAUCUUUAAAGGCUGAAAAAUUGAAAUCAAAAGAAACGAUAACCAAAUUAGAUGAAUCAAUAUCAAUCAUAGAAAAGCAAACAUUAGAAAAUAAAAGACAGUUUGAAAAAUUAAUGAGUGCUGAAAUUACACAGAGAAAAACAAAUACAAAAAAUAUCAGUGAAAGUUUGUCACAAAUGAAUGAAAAAUUACAGAUUGCUACCUCAACUCUACAGCAAGCUAUAGGUGGUGUAACACAGUCGUUUCAUACUAUGAAUGAAAAGAUGCGUAGAGAAAUGAGACAGACAAUAGCAGAAUCAAAAGACAGUACAACUCGAGGAAUGACAGACUUAGACGCUAGAAUAUCUCAUCUCAAAAAUAGAAUGAAUGAUAACGAAGAAAAAUUGGAAGCUAGAGUGGCAACAGCUUCUCAAGUAUUGGGAGAAAAUUUACGUGAAAAGGUAGAUGCUAUCACUGUCUGGCAGGACACCACUCAAUCGUCUCUGAGAGAAAUUCAAAAUAGUGUACACAAGUUACCAGAUGAGAUCUAUGCCGUGCAAGAAAAACAGACACUUCUCAAGUCAGAAAUGAACUCAAGAAUGACCGCAGAGUCUGAUGCUAGAAAUCGUGAGGUUGAUGCUUUAAAACAAGAAAUCCAACAGUUAAAGGCCAGAAGAGACCCACAUCCAGCUACGAUACAUGACUUAGAAAAUGUACAAGCCAGUGUUAGGAAAUUAGCAGAUUCUAUACAAACAGUUAAGACUGUGUUAGGGAUGAAAAUACAGUCAGAACAGAAAUUGAGGAUAUCUGGUCUAGAAGACCUUCAAACACAAGUGAAUCAGGUCAAGGUGAACGUGGGCAUGCCUCGGUACACAAGUACUGGUAUGAAAGAUGAUCCCUCAGAUGGGUAUGACACAGGAUUUGCCUCCUGGGAUGAUCCUACCCCUUCUCAUACAGGAAAUCUAAGGGCAACAACUCAGGAAGGCAGGAAAACUCCUGUUGAUAAUGCAGGAAUGGGACCAAUUCCUGAAGGAAAUGAAACAAAAAGGACAAAUUCUCAAACCAGCUUAAAAAAUCAGAAAAAUAAAUCUCCUACACCUUCGUAUGGUAGGAACCAAACACCCUCGGAGGACAGAAAUAAAACACCAGCACAAAAUGGGAAACAAACUCCUUCUCAGAGUCGAAAUCAAACUCCCACAGGAAAUAAAACACCAUCACAGAGUCGCAAUCAGACUCCAACGGGCAACCAAACAAAUUCUAGAAAUGUUACUCCAACAACAGGCAGAAAGAGUGCUACAAAAAAGAAUAAUACACAAAAUGAUGGAUCAGGAACCCCAGUCAGUCUGUCUAAUGUAUAGACUACAUAGAAAUGAUGGUUACGAUGGAAGUCAAAACUUAUGUAUAUUCUAUGGCAAAUUCGUUCACGAAAGCAACUGGAAACAGAAAAUUCUGGUACCCCAAGACCAGCAAAACCACCACCAACAGGAACUGUUUGAAAAACAAUUAUA